AUGCCUCAAGUCCGCAAUCCCAUCCUCCCCGGCUUCAACCCAGACCCGUCUAUCCUACGGGUCGGCAAUGACUACUACAUCGCUACGUCCACGUUUGAGUGGUACCCUGGAGUACAGAUCCACCAUUCGACCGAUCUAGCCAACUGGAAACUUCUCAUACGGCCAUUGAAUCGGGCUUCCCAACUCGAUAUGCGUGGUGACCCGGACAGCUGCGGCGUAUGGGCUCCAUGUCUAACUCAUGACGGCAACCGAUUCUGGCUCGUUUAUACCGAUGUGAAGCGCAAGGACGGGAGCUUCAAGGACGCUCACAAUUACAUUGUCUGGGCUGACGACAUCUCAGGUCCUUGGAGUGACCCUGUCUAUGCCAACUCGUCCGGCUUCGACCCCAGCCUCUUUCAUGACCUGGACACUGGCAAGAAGUGGUUCGUCAACAUGAUGUGGGAUCAUCGCCGCCGCCCUUUACUCUUCGCCGGCAUCGCCCUGCAAGAGUUUGACCCAGAGGCAGGCAAGCUGGUUGGCCCCAGGAAGAACAUCUACCAGGGAACCGCUCUCGAGUUGACCGAGGCUCCGCACAUGUACAAGCGCAACGGCUGGUACUAUCUCCUGACUGCCGAGGGUGGCACGGGUUAUGACCACGCUUGCACCCUUGCCCGGUCCCGCGAUGUCUGGGGCCCGUAUGAAGAUCACCCAGACAAGUACGUCGUCACGUCCAAGGAUCACCCUCUGACUGCUCUACAACGUGCCGGUCAUGGUGACAUUGUAGAUACCCCUGAUGGCAAGACGUUCCUGGUUCAUCUGACAGGGCGGCCGACCACUCAACUCCGUCGCUGCGUGCUUGGUCGCGAGACUGCCAUUCAGGAGGCAUAUUGGGCAGAUGAUGAUUGGCUAUACGUCAAGAACGGACCAGUUCCGUCUCUAUACGUCGAGUUGCCGGGCGAGCGUGACGAUACCGAGUACUGGUCCGAGCAGCGCUACACGUUUGAAGGGUCACUCAAGGAAUUAAACUCGGAUUUCCAGUGGUUGCGCACUCCCGAGCCGGAGCGCAUCAUCAAGAUUCAGGACAACAAGCUGGCGUUGAUUGGGCGGGAAUCCAUAGGCUCCUGGUUUGAACAGGCUCUGUUGGCCCGGCGGCAAACCCACUUUUCCUACGACGCCGAGACUGUUGUAGACUUUAGCCCUUCUGAUGAGCGCAUGUUUGCCGGUCUGACUGCUUACUAUUGUCGGUACAACUUUUUCUACCUGACGGUUACGGCGCACAACGAUGGGCAGCGUGAGUUGCUGAUAAUGGCUUCGGAAGCAUCACACCCUGUCGGUGGAUUGCGUCCAGAUCUCCUCAAACAACCGGUACAGAUCCCCAACGAGGGCAAGGUGAGGCUAGUCGUUACGGUCAGGGGACGCGAUCUACAGUUCUGGUAUUCGAUGCUUGACGAAAACGAGGGCAAGGAUCUGAAAAAGGUCGGGCCAGUGCUAGAUGCAUCCAUUGUAAGCGACGAGUGUGGUGGUCACCAGGCUCAUGGGAGCUUCACAGGAGCAUUUGUUGGCAUGGCGUGCUCGGACCUGAACGGGACUGCGAAGGAAGCUUUGUUUGACCACUUUGUCUACAGACCCGUGAAGCACGAGUCUGAUCGCUCGAUUCUGCUAUCUUCUCGGCUAGGCUUAUACGUGGUAUCCAAUGACAGCAUUUCAACCCUAGUCAUCACCAUGGGCCCCAUCUCACUUACACUUUUGCUGCCCUUGAUCCUCCAAGCUGGUACCGCCAGAGGUCAUGGACCUGAUGGCAUGGGCCUCAUGGGAUACGGGCAACUGUGGGCCGAUCCAACAUGCGCCGUCUCCUGUCGGGCCGUCAUUGGCUAUGCCCCGUUGGACUGUCCAGAUCUCCACGCAGACCACGGCGCUCACGCCGGACACGGGGCGCCUGCACUUACGGCUCCGUGCAUCGCCGAGAAUCUCGACUUUUUGAGCACUCUCGCGUACUGCAUGUCGACGAGAUGCCCGGCCGAUGGAGUCACUACCUCCAAGCUCGAGUGGUACUGGGCAACCCAGGCCACGGGAGAUCCUGCCAUUGAGCCAGGAUUGACGUAUGGUGCCGUCCUGGCAGGGAUCACCCAACGUCCGAGUAGGACAUUCCAGGCGGGCGAUACGCUCAACUAUACGGCCUACAUUUCGGAUGCCGACUACAACUAUCAGCAUAGCUGGAACAGGUUCUUUGACUGGGAAGAAAUGACCCAAUCGACAUAUGUUAUCACCAUCAUCUCAGUCGGUGUCGCCACACCCAUCGUCGUCUCCCUCCUGGAUUACCUCCCCUUUGUGACCACCAUCACCGAUAAACUCAAGCCUUACCUGGUGUAUCCCUCUACCAUUGGCACAUACAGCAUCCAACCUCUUCCCUACCUCCUCGGCAACGCUCCGACAAGGGGACAAGGACUAUACAUUGUCAUGUUCACCGGCCUCAACAUCGUGCUAGGCUCCAUCACGUACUACAAUUUUGAGUUUGUCCAUCCCUGGGGCUAUAGCAAGUCGGGCGAGAUCUUGUCCUUUGUUGGCUACCGCACCGGCCACAUCUCGUUUGCCCUACUUCCUUUGACGGUGCUCUUUGCGUCCCGCAACAAUUUCCUGUUGUGGCUAACCGACUGGCCCUAUUCCACCUUUCUACUAUUGCACCGCUGGGUCGCCCGCCUUUGCGUCGCUCACGCCGUCGUCCACUCCAUCACCAUGAUGACCGCCUACAUCCAACUCGGCAAGUAUUAUACCGACGUCCACACGGCCUAUUGGAUCUGGGGAAUCGUGGCCAUGCUUUGUCUAGUGGCGCUGAUGUUCCAAGGAAUGCUGUGGCUGCGCCGAGCCGCGUACGAGGUCUUUCUCCUCCUCCAUAUCGUCCUGGUCGUCUUUGUUAUCGUCGGUUGUUGGUACCACAUUAUAUAUUGGAUGGGCUACACGGGCGUGUACGAGCUGUGGAUAUACAUGGUGAGCGCCGUGUGGUUCUUUGACCGCAUGGUGCGCGUGCUGCGCGUCGCCAAGACCGGUGUUCGCCGCGGCACCGUGACCGAGGUUUCGGAGGAUACGGUACGCGUCGACGUCGCGGGGGUGAGGUGGACGCCGACGCCCGGACGGCACGCCUACGUCUACUUUCCGACGUUGCAGCCGCUGCGGGCUUGGGAGAACCAUCCGUUUUCUGUCAUUCCUACGGCGCUUCUGCGGUCGCCUGACGACACCCAAUCCAGUCCGGCUAGUUCGAUCAAGAGAGAGGAUGCGUCGAGCUCCAAAGAUGUCGAGAGCAAGGGUGGCUUGGGGUCGACAGUUGUGUCCACCGUCCCCAUGUCUUCAAGAAUCGGCGGUGUCUCCCUCUACAUCAAGAAACGCAGCGGUAUUACGAGGUUAUUGCGCGAGUGCACGAACCUCCCCGUCCUUCUCGAUGGGCCCUACCACGGGACACCAACCCGCGCCGUGCUUCGAUGUGACCGAAUCGUUCUCAUCGGUGGAGGUAUUGGAGUGACUGGACUACUUGGCUGGGCCGGGGCGCAUCCUAACGUCAAAUUUGCGUGGAGCGCUCGGGAGGCGGAUGGGGCACCCAUACUCCGAGACAUCGGGGCUGUCCUGGAUGGCGUGGCAGACAAGGUGGUGAAACUCGGUGGACGGCUGGACCCCGAGGCUUUGUUGGAGGAGGAGGUUCUGGCUGGAUGGGGGAGAGUUGGUGUAGUUGUUUGCGGGCCCGCAGGGCUGUGCGAUGCUACGCGGGCGGCGGUGGUGCGUCUAGGUAGGAGGCACAAGGAGACGGUGUUUGAGCUGGAGGUUGAUGCGUUUGGUUGGUGAACUGUUGCUGGCGGCACGGCAUACCAGUUUUGGUCAUUCCAACUUGGCUAUCAUUAUAUGAGAUACCUAUAGCCCCUUUGGUCGCAGUUGGACAUACGUGACUGAAAUACGUACCAUCGCUUCCGGGUCUGUAAACUGAUCGAAUCCCGCAUCUACAGCUGCCAGAAAGACAUGCCAUCACUCAAGGUUCAUCUGCUGCAGUGAGGGCUUAUCGGGCUGUGAUGGCACUGGGCUGUAUCUAGGCGACGGGGGGCUGUCAAGUAAAUCCACCCUCGGCGACGCAGGCAAUAUCUGUGCAGGUUCGGCUUCCUUGCGAGCCCGAACCUGCCUCAAAUAACGUUUCUUCUCCAGUCCACUCAGAUAGUCGGACCUUUCUCGCAUCAAUCUCUUUUUGGAUUCUCGCCCCUCUUGCAUGUUUGUGUGUGGCUUUGAUGGACUCACGACACUAACAGGUUCCGCUUGAGGAACACUUGAAAGCGGUAGCCCUGGGCUUUCGAUUUCACAUGACGCCACCACUGGCUUUGCUCUGAUAUAUCCGGGCAUUUCGUCAUUGGCUAUCGUCUUGGGGUCUCUUGCCUCUCGCCUGCUUUCUCGUGGCUUCGAUACGCUUGCGCUGCUCAUCCUAUGUCUUUGUCUCGUUGAACCACUUGAAGCCGCGCCGUCGCUUAUUUCGAUUCCCGAUGGCAUCAUUGUUGCCAAAUGUCUAGGUGGGAAACUAGACUGGAAGCUAGGAGACCCGCCAUCUUCCAGAUAUGGCGCAUGAGGAAUGUCAACUUGUGAUGCAUCUCGCAUGUCUGCAUCCAAGAACUCUAUUCCUGUUGGAUGGGAUUUGUCUUUUGAUCGAAUCAACGAUCUCCUUUGUUUCGCGUGAACUUCGU